GCAGCUUCGGAUAAAGGCUGUGCUCUGGCUUGGCAGCCCCGAUUUCCCCGAACCUCUGCUCACCGGUGAGCUGCACAGGCCAGCGCUGACAUGCAGGAGGCCGCCCUGAGCCUGUUCUUCCUCCUGGCAGGCCUGCCUGCCCUGGACGCCAACGAUCCGGAAGAUAAAAACAGUCCUUUCUACUAUGACUGGCACAGCCUCCAGGUCGGCGGGCUCAUCUGCGCGGCGGUUCUGUGCGCCAUCGGAAUCAUCGUCCUCAUGAGUGGAAAAUGCAAAUGCAAGUUCAACCAGAAGCCCAGUCAGCAUUUGGCGGAUGCUCCACCCCUCAUCACUCCAGGCCCGUAACUGCUGAGACCGACCAGCCGGAAGAGCGUGGAGAGCCUCUCUGUGUCCCCAGGUCCCGGCUCUGCACAGGAGCUGGAGCUCCAGGGUGGAAUUCUCCCUCCUUCCCCGGACUGCCUUGCCGGGGCCUCCGCUCCCUCUCACAGGAGGGUCUCUUUGUUCAAGUUUUUAUCUAAAAUGGUCUUGCCUCUGGCA